GAUUGGUCCACCAAGAGGAAUGGGUGGGUGGGGUUUGGUUGCAGAGACACCGGCUACAUAAUCCUGAGUCCUUGGGCUUCCUCGCCGGAACCUUGAUAGUAGGAGUGACGAGCGUGCUGGGUUGCAGCUAUUUCGCAUCCCGUCCUCGAUUUUGCAGGCACUGACAAUGGGAGACGUCGAGAAGGGCAAGAAGAUCUUUGUCCAGAAGUGUGCACAAUGCCACACAGUUGAAAAGGGAGGCAAACACAAGACUGGCCCUAAUCUGCAUGGUCUCUUUGGCCGAAAGACUGGUCAAGCUGCUGGUUUCUCCUACACAGAAGCUAACAAAAGCAAAGGUAUAAUCUGGGGAGAAGAUACACUGAUGGAAUACUUGGAAAACCCAAAGAAGUAUAUACCAGGAACUAAGAUGAUCUUUGCUGGCAUUAAGAAGAAGGGGGAAAGAGCAGACUUAAUAGCAUACCUUAAGGAUUCCACUUCUAAUUAAUGGCUUUCUGCUGCCUUAUUUAUUUCACCAAACAAAUAGAAAUGACUCUCUGUGAUGAGAUUGGGUUUUAAACUUCUAUUUUUACAUACAUGAUAUCUAACACUUCAAAAAUCUUUCUCAUCAGUCAGAGAACUUUGAUCAUGGAUGGUUGUUAAACACCUGUAUUUGUGUGUUAAUGUAUAGAAAUGUGUAAUUGGACUUCAAUGAAUACAGCCAGGAUGACUGUAGUGUUUCCUGAUCAUGUAAUUUAAAAAAAGCCCCCAAUGUAUCCUCUGCUUAUUCUUUAUAAAUGGGUUCACACACACUUUUGAAGCAAGAGCAUGGUGCUUUCCUAGUCUCACUAUUUCCGGCAAGCAUAAAUUGCCUGAGUUUCUGCCCCCCCCCCCCACACACACACACUUUCACAGGUAGAUUCCAGUAGCUUCAGCAGUCAUUAAAAAGUGGCAAUUCAGCUAGAUAAUCUAGUUGAAAGGAGUAAUUUCAUGAGACUUGGACCAUUCAGUGACUGCAAAAGCAAUAGAAUACAAUCUCCAAAGAGCGGUGGGUGUAAUAGAGAGCUAGUACGUGCCCUGCAGAAUGUAUGUGCAUUUGAAAAGCAGUUCCCCCACCCCAUGCUAGAGACUAUUUUGAAGCUCUCCCUGAGUUUCAAAAAUGGUUUGCCAUGUGAAGUUGGGGGUCUGCUGUUGUGGUGGGAGGGAAGAUAGUAAAAAGGCCUCCUAGUUUUCUAAACAUGUGGCUGUGAUACACUGAACACAUGGCAGAAAACUGGAUGUCUUCUCUUCAAAUGCAUUUUCAGGAUCAUGGCCUUAAGUGAGAACAACUAUACAAGGCCCCAAAUCCACUUGUUUACAGAGUUAUAAUACACUCCCACCAAUGUGCAAAGCCUUUUGUUUAUGCACUAAAGAAUAGUCCUUGCCUCGAGGAUCUCACAACUUACGCUUUCUAUAAAGAAAGAAAUGCGAAUAUGAGAGACAAAAGUAAUAAUGGGUUAGUAUGAGCAGAUACUUGGAGUAGUUUAUACAUUAUCUGAGGGAAUGGGUUUUGGGCUCAUGUAGAACUUUGAAUAUGAGCAGAGGUGUGUAUGUGCACAUGUACACUCUCUGUUCACACUCAUGAGAUUCCUGAAACAAGGACCAUGUGAGCAAGACUACUUCUUUGGCAAUGUAAUAUAUCCAGUUCAUACACAUGUUUCUAUGCUCAGCUAGAAAACUUGGGUUGUGCCCACAUCACACCAUGAAGUCAUUCACACAAUCAAAAACUUUUCUACCCAGGUUUGGGAGCUAUGUGUGCUCCUAAUUUUUGUUGUGUGGAAGCAAGGCAGGAGGAAAACCUGGGUAGAAGUGAUUAUGUGGAAGCAAGGUAGGAAGAAAAGCUACCCAGGUUUUCCUCCUAACUUGCUUCCACACAAGCAAAAUUUGGGAGCACAUAGAGCUCCCAAACCUAGGUAGAACACAAGUCUUUGAUUGUGUGAAUGAGCUCCAUGUGUACAAUUUAUAUAUCUAGCUGGGUAUCAACAGCUAGCCAUCCAGAGGCUGAGGAUGCAGAUUGGUGGAUUAAGCAAAAUGUUCAUAAAAUUGGAUUUUGAAAGAGAGAGAUAAUUGCUGACAAGUACUAAUUUGAAACACAUAGCAAGCAAGUAUUAAAUGGAAACAUCUAAUUUGGAGUUUCUAGGUGCAUGUCCUUAAAUCUGUAACCUUUAAGUAGUUAAUAGACUUGUGUAUAUGUAGGUCAAUGCUUAUUGGGGAUAAAGAUGCACAUUGGUUUGAGUGUUAAGAUACUCUUCUAACCCCGUUUUGAAGGGUGGCUCCGUGGGUCUGCUGCCAUGGUGCCACUGGGAUCGGGCUCGAUCAGGGAGGUUGGUUCACACGCGUGUACAGAAGCUGCUCCCUUAGUCCAGUUUUGCACAUAUGUGUGAAUAGCCUCAUAGUAUAGCUACUGAGAGCAGAAUGAGUUUUUAAGGACAACAGACAAAUAUGAAAUAAAGGCAACCAAGACACAUCAUAUAGUUUAAGCCAUGAAAAAGAUGCACAGCUUGUCAAAUGCAUUGUUACAUGGUGGUGGUGUGUGGGGAGAUACAAAGUUGGAAAUAAACUUUUCACUGCCUAUUAGCUAUAGAUACUGAUAUAGAUAUUAGCUAUAGAUAACUAAACCAUUAGGAUGAUUGUGUCUUCCCUGUAUCAUUUCUAUUAUAUAUUUAUCACUAGUCUUGUUUUAAAAAAACCAAAUUCUAAAAAAUCUGAAAAGUUUGUAGAAUUAUUAACAUGCAUGAGACCGUACAAAAAGGUUGCCUAGCUGACAAGAGAAAUAAAGGAUUUCUGAAAUGACAGGUGACCAUGGACUAUAGGAGAAAUGUAGUUUUGAUACGAAGGCGAUCAACUAAUUAUUUUUAAUUGCUUAGUUUAUAAAAACCACUAUUUUAUGGAGAGGCCAUUUUAUUUUUAUUCAUUGAAUAUAGAACACUUCCAGUUACAAUAACAAACCAAAAUGAAAUUGACUUAAAAUAAAGGCCAUCAAUAACAGCCACAGUUAGAAGACAUAGAAGCUGACAUCCAGACGAAUAUGCAUGCUGAAUAAUGUUUUGUAUGAACAAUGGGGAAGGGGCAAAUUUCCCCAAUUCCUCCCUUCUGCAGCCCUGUGCCUCCUGAAAAUAUAUCCCCGAGGGCCCCAUAACCAAAACAUUAUUCAGCAUUCACAUAGUUAAUUGGGAUUUCAGCCAGUGACACUAGUUUUCUGUAUAAGAACUUGUCAACAGGGGAAAAUAUCCUUGUUCCACAUCAUAUGUGGCUCAUGGAGGAGGGAGAUGCCCUAUAAUGAGAAUAUUAAUUUUAAAAGGUGAUUUCCUCUUAAACCUGAAGAUAUACUGUCCACUCAACAGUUUAUUCUGUUGCAUUUGUAGACCAGGUCUUAGAUUAUGAGGGGGAACUUUAUUUAAUGGGUUGGCAUCAUGGAACCCAAUAAAACAGGAAGAAAGUAGAGAGCAAAGAGAUUAGCUGUUGACUCUUAGAGCUCUAGCUAACAAAUCAAAAACUGGGAAUGCAACAAGACAUGUAUGAGGCGAGUCUCCUGAUUGGUGAGACUCGCCAGAGGGGGUUCUGCAGGGAGAGCAGGCUUGGCCCACUCUCCCCGCAGACGAUCCAGGCUGCAGCCCUGGGUGGCCGGAUCGGCCACCCACACGACUGCUGGCUCCGUCACAGAGUUGGCAGGGGCUGUGGGGAUCGGGGGCCAUGCAGGGCAUCCUGGAGAGACCCCCAGGACCAGGAGGCUUGUUUCAGCCUCCCGGCGGCAGUCUCAUGUGUUGUCACAGAGCCGCAUCGUGGCAACACACAGUCAAAACGUUGGGGUUAGCGGAACCCUCACUUCACUAACCUUAUCUAAGGGGAGGGCUAGUUAAGUGGGUUACCCGCUUUGAGGACAUGGGGCUCGCCUGUGAGCCCGGUGGGUCUCACGCUCAAUCGCCUCUAUAUGUACAUUACUAAAUAGGUUCUCCAGUCUACAGUGGGUCUGACUGCCAUCUCUCCUCCCCAACCCUCCGCACCUGUUGCAUUACUCUUCCUAAAUGAAGUGUCUGUCUCCCCUCAGAAUAAUGGAUUUUAUUUCAGAAAAUGAUCAUGGGGGCAGGGCAUGCAGAAUGGAACUGGUUCCCUUUGUCAAGCCCUCCUGUACUGAAUGCUUAGGGCUUUAUUCUCUAAUUUGUAGUAAGAGGUGAUCCAAUAUGGACCACUCUGUGUAAUUGGGGUUGGAUGUGGCAACUGUUAUCUGCACAACAUCCAGGGCUUAAUACGGAGGACAUUCUGUCCAGAAGCCUGAAUUGGGCCACACACAUCUGUACACAUCACAUUGACCUCAGUGAUUCAUCCAUCUUUUUGUGGAGGUCUCAAUUUUAGCAUAAUAGAGCCUCUAAAAUGCAAUAUAAUUUAAUCAAGAGGAUUCUAUGAGAGUUAACAAAGCUGUAUGGUGGUGGGGGGAGGCCUUUUAUUGGUUUUAUUAUGUGAUUAUUAUUAUUAUUAUUAUUUUUUAUUUAUUUAUUUUAUUAAUUAACAAUUGUUAAUUCAAAAUACCUUUAAUAGGUUGAGGAAUUUUCAGUCAAUUGUUUGUGUUUCAUAUAAGCAGAAGGGGGAGCCAAAGUACUGAAAAGAAAAUUUUAGGGACUGCAAACCUUACAAUUGUCCCACUAGAAAAGCAUGUCUUAGAAAAAGUAUGCUUUCCUGAAAAACCUAUGUAGAUUGUGUAAUAAUGGCAGAUGUCUGUUUUGUUAUGCUAUGGCCAACUGUGGCAUAAGUAAAUCUAUAAGAUUAUCACACA